GGCAGUGAAGGAGCAAAAUCCUGUUUCACUCAGUGAUAAAGCAGCUGGUUUGCUCCUCGCGCCCUGAUCCGCGCGCAAUGGCCUCGACACGGCUGGAGCGCUUUUGGGCUCGUCUGCUGCGUGUUGUGAUUAAAGCGUUUUUAACAGUUUUCAGGUUCUUCGCACCUCAGCAGCGAGGAGGCAGAGAAGGUGACCGGCUUCCCCCCAUCACCGAGCCGCUGCUGCGCGUUUCCGCCGUCCAGCUCGCGCGGAACAUCCGCCGCAAACAAGUAACAAGUGUCCAGGUGGUUCAGGCCUACAUUGAUCGCAUCCAGGAAGUCAACCCACUAAUCAAUGCUUUGGUUAAAGAUAGGUUUGCUGCAGCGCUCCAAGAGGCAGCACAGGUAGAUAAACUGAUAGAGGAGGAGACAGGAGGAGAGGAUGUACUGGAGGACAGGCUUCCUCUUCUCGGAGUGCCCUUUACUGUGAAAGAGGCCUUCGCCCUGCAGGGCAUGCCGAAUUCUACAGGACUGCUGAGCAGGAGAGCGGUGGUUUCAGCAGUGGAUGCCCCACCUGUGGCUCUGUUGAAGCGGGCUGGAGCAAUUCCACUUGGUGUGACCAACUGCAGUGAGCUGGCCAUGUGGCUGGAGUCUCACAACCACCUUUAUGGCAUCACCAGGAACCCUUAUGACCUUGGGAGGAUAGCAGGGGGCAGCUCAGGGGGAGAGGGAAGUAUAAUAGGUAGUGGAGCUUCUGUGGUUGGAGUGGGAUCAGACAUUGGAGGAAGCAUUCGCAUGCCUUGCUUUUUUAAUGGCAUCUUUGGACAUAAGCCAACUUCAGGUAUAGUAAAUAACGGAGGUCAGUAUCCCCCAGCGUCUGGACAGCAGCCAGGCUUCCUCUGUACAGGCCCCAUGUGCCGCUAUGCUGAGGAUCUUCUGCCCAUGCUGAGGAUCAUGGCAGGACCCAACGCAGAAAAAUUAUCCCUCUCUGCUAAUGUGGAUCUGAGGAAACUCCGGUUCUUCUCUGUUCCUCAUGAUGGAGGAUCACCUCUUCUCUCUCCUGUAGAUCCACAACUGAUUCAGGCACAGAAGAAGGUGGUUGAACGGUUGGAGGCUGACUUAGGGAUCCAAGUUCAAGAAUUGCGCAUCCCUCAGCUCAAAUAUUCCUUUCAGAUCUGGGGAGCUAUGAUGUCCUCGCCUGGCAGAGAUGGAAAGUCCCCUACUACUUUUGCUGAGCUGAUGGGUGGAGGAGAGAAGACAGUGUGGCCUCUGUGGGAGCUUUUCAAAUGGUUUCUAGGACUGUCCCCUCACACCAUGGCUGCUAUAGGUCUGGCCCUGGUGGAGAUGUUUCAGAGCUCACAGCCAUCUCAGUUCAUUCUGCAGCAGAAAGAGAGUCUGCAAAAGGAGCUGGAGGAGCUUUUGGGUACUGACGGAGUGUUGUUGUAUCCUUCACACCCUCAGCUGGCCCCCAAACACCACCAGCCUCUAUUUACCCCCUUCAACUUUUCUUACACAGGGAUCUUUAAUAUCCUUGGGCUGCCGGUGACCCAGUGUCCUUUAGGUCUUAGUGUGGAGGGUUUGCCACUUGGACUGCAGCUUGUGGCAGGAAAGCUACAGGAUCAUCUCUCUUUGGCCACCGCUCUGUACCUGGAGAAAGCUUUUGGCGGAUGGAGUGAGCCGGGUGACACAGAGCACACACUAAACUGCACCUCGAACAAUGUCAGUAAUGCCACAUAACUACUAAACUGUCCAUGCAUUACUUAGUUACUUUAACUUCUCAAAGCUUACAGUUACCACAUAAUAAUGUGGGUAACGGAAUAUUAAAUAUAGAUAGAGAGGAAGGAUGGAAGGAAAAAAGACUGCAAGAAGGAAGGAAGGAAAUACUGUAUGUAAAGGAAAGGAAACUAUAUGUAUUAUUAUUAUCUCUGCCACAGAGAUCAAUGUCAUUUUGUUGUGAAGAAAGAAAGAAAGAAAGAAAAA